GCACUGGUGGGUGGCACUGGUGGGCAGCACUGGUGGGUGGGCACAGGUGGGUGGGCACAGGUGGGUGGCACUGGUGGGCACAGGUGGGUGGGCACAGGUGGGUGGCACUUCUGGGCACAGGUAGGUGGCACUUCUGGGCACAGGUGUGUGACACUGCAGAGUGGCACAGGUGGGUGCACUGCUGGGCACAGGUGGGUACACUGCUGGGCACAGGUGGGUGAUCUGCUGGGCACAGGUGAGCGGAGCUAGUGGGCGCACUGCUGGGCACAGGUGGGCGGAACUUGCGGGUGGCACUGCUGGGCACCGAUCCGUGACAGUGCUGAGGG